CGUCACUGGCGGGCGGGAUCCCUCCGCCCCGGGGAGCAGCGCUGGCCCGGGCUGGGGCGACUUGAGGAUCCAUCCGCGCCGCCGCCGCCGCGGAGGAAGACGGACCGGCCGCGCCAGAGCGACCCUCGCACUGGGCCGCCGCCGCCACAGGCCUCGGGCCAGAGGUGAGGAGCUGCAGCCCCCCAACCCCCUUCCCGCGGCCCCCAGCCGCCCCCAACCCCGCCCCACGGCCCGGCGCCAUGAGUGAGCUGGAGCAGCUGAGACACGAGGCGGAGCAGCUCCGGAACCAGAUCCGGGAUGCCCGAAAAGCAUGUGGCGACUCAACACUCACCCAGAUCACAGCUGGGCUGGACCCAGUGGGGAGGAUCCAAAUGAGGACUCGCCGGACUCUCCGUGGGCACCUGGCCAAGAUCUAUGCCAUGCACUGGGGCACAGACUCACGGCUGCUGGUCAGCGCAUCUCAGGACGGGAAGCUCAUCAUCUGGGACAGCUAUACUACCAACAAGGUCCAUGCCAUCCCGUUGCGUUCCUCCUGGGUCAUGACCUGCGCCUACGCACCCUCAGGGAACUUCGUGGCCUGUGGAGGGCUGGACAACAUCUGCUCCAUCUACAGCCUCAAAACCCGUGAAGGCAAUGUCAGGGUCAGCAGAGAGCUGCCUGGACACACCGGUUAUUUGUCGUGCUGCCGCUUCUUGGAUGACAACCAGAUCAUCACCAGCUCUGGGGACACCACCUGCGCCCUGUGGGACAUAGAGACAGGCCAGCAGACUGUGGGCUUUGCUGGACACAGCGGGGAUGUGAUGUCUCUUUCCCUGGCCCCCGACGGCCGCACCUUUGUGUCUGGCGCCUGUGAUGCUUCCAUUAAGCUAUGGGACGUUCGGGAUUCCAUGUGCCGACAGACCUUCAUUGGCCAUGAGUCCGACAUCAACGCCGUGGCUUUCUUCCCCAACGGCUAUGCCUUCACCACGGGCUCGGACGAUGCCACGUGCCGCCUGUUCGACCUGCGUGCGGAUCAGGAGCUACUCAUGUACUCGCACGACAACAUUAUCUGCGGCAUCACCUCGGUGGCCUUCUCCCGCAGUGGCCGGCUGCUGCUUGCUGGCUACGACGACUUUAACUGCAACAUCUGGGAUGCCAUGAAGGGCGAUCGUGCAGGGGUCCUCGCUGGCCAUGACAACCGUGUGAGCUGCCUUGGUGUCACUGAUGAUGGCAUGGCUGUGGCCACAGGCUCCUGGGACUCCUUCCUCAAGAUCUGGAACUAAUGGCCCAGCCCGGCCAUGCCACACUACAGGCCGGAGCUGGGGCUGGUGCCCGACCGGCCUCCCUGGGUUCUGCUCCCCGCCCCAGGUUUGGUUCCUCCCGCAGCCCCACAGUGGAGACCCAGAUAGGGGUCUGGGGUCGGAUGGGGGAGGAGGCUAUCGCCUAUCCUUGGUUUCCCCAGUCAGGGCCUCACCCCUCUCAGGAGGGCAGGAGGCACAAGGUAAAACUCCAGGCUUUUAUAAAACUGGUUUUAUUUUCAUUUUUAUUAUAUUUUCAGUUUUUCCAUAAAGGAACCAAUUCCAACUCUGUA